AUCAUCUCAUACUUAGGAAAACGGUGAGGUCAGAUUUCAAAAGAUUCUUUUCCUGGGUUUUCAAGAUAAGAAGGAACUGAAUGGUAGAGAGUGUCAGAAUAGUGCAUAUCCCAACUGGGUUUUCUUGAUUAGAGAGAGAAAGUGAGAGAGAAGAUGUUGGAAGGAAAAGCUUUGGUAGAGGACACAGACAUGCCAAUGAAGAUGCAAAUCCAAGCAAUGGCUUCUGCUUCUCAAGCUUUGGAUCUCUAUGAUGUCUUUGACUGUAAAUCCAUUGCUGCCCAUAUCAAAAAGGAGUUUGACAUGGGAUAUGGGAGUGGGUGGCAAUGUGUGGUGGGAUCAAAUUUUGGGUGUUACUUUACUCAUUCUGAAGGUACUUUCAUCUACUUCAAACUGGAGACACUCAAUUUUCUCAUCUUCAAGGGGGUUUCUUCUCCCUCCUCUGCCUAAGACCAGGGUGGGUUAUGUUUGGUUGUAGAAAGAAAAACAAGCAAAGAAGUGAAUACACAGUACUAAAAUAGCAUUACCCAGGCCACACAUCCACAUGGGGUCUUUAGGAUUUUUCAAAAAUGGCCGGAUGUGGCUUGUAAUGUUUUGAGGGGCAUGUUUUUGGAUGCCCUGUAUGUAUACAUCUCAUGGACUACAUGUAUAUCUUUCUUUUCUGUA